AUUCCUUCGCAAGGCGGCACCUGUAUUAUCGGCUGCUCAUUGCUUCUUCUCAUAAUCUCUGGUACUUCUAUUAUUCACUGAUUCUUGAAACAAGAUAGAAAAGAAGGAUUUUAAAGGCAAUAGACAAGUUCUGCUACUACAAAAAAAACUUAAUAUUUUACUCUUAUUUUUUCAUUUGGAUAUUUUUCCCUAACUCUAAAAGAAAUAGUAAAAUGGAUUUGAGCAUAUCUGGAGUAAAAAUAUGUUUUCCUGUGAAACCAUAUCCAUGUCAAAUUGCUGUUAUGUCAAAAAUCAUUCAAGCAUUGAACAAGCAUCAAAAUGCUUUAAUAGAAUCACCAACAGGAACAGGAAAGUCAUUAGCUCUUCUCUGCUCUUCUCUUAGUUGGCAAAGACACACUUGCUCUAUCCUUGAUAAGGAAUAUGAGAGAGAGAUGGCGAAUAAUAAAUGUCCUGUUCACGAACACAAUCAUUCUUUCGACGACGACACAGCUGAUAUCUCGUUGACUCACACUUCAUACACUCCAUGUCCUCUUCCUCCACAAGAAAUUCCUAGCGCAGAAGAAUCUUUAACGAAAGUUUCUUUCUCUAAUGUUACAUCUGGGAAGCUUAUGAUUAAUCCAUUGAAAACUACUGAACAACAGUUGAACGAAAUAUCAGUAAAUUCUCAGAAAGUCGAUGAAACGGUUAAAGUUAACUCUCAGUUCAAACCUGUCCGUCCUUUUUCAUCUCAGAAGCUAGAAGUCAACGCCAGAGAAGCGAAUGUAAAUAAUAAACUGAAACGAGCAGCUUGUACCUCUCCAAAUGAAAAUCAUUGCCAAGAUUCAACGGCGUCUGAAUGCUGCAAAAAUAAGAGAGUGAAACAAGCUAAGGAUAAUCUUGACAUAAAUAUUCCUCAAGUCGUAGAUGAUCUCAAUGAAUCCGCUUCCGUAAGUGUAAAUCAAGAAGAGGCUAAUUGUACUUGCGAACAAGUCAAACGGUAUUAAAUCACAUUUCUAAAACCCAUAUGACAUCAUUUGAAUUCAGUAAAACAGCACCAAAAAUCUUCUAUUGCACAAGAACCCAUAAACAGAUUGCUCAAGUUGUUAAAGAAUUGAGAAGGACUGUGUAUAAGCAAGCCAAGAUGUCAGUCUUAGCAAGCAGGGAACACACAUGUAUCCAUCCUUCAAUUAGUAAGAGUAGAACAAAGAAUGAGGAAUGCAGAGAUUUAUUAAGAUAUGGUGGAUGUCCUUACUGGGAUAAGAGACCAGUCACGCGAGAUUCGUUGCAUCGAAACGGUUUAGAUCUUAUUUGGGAUGUUGAAGAUCUUGUAAAGUUAUUGUCCAACCGAAGUUUUAGAAAAUGCCCUUAUUUUAGCCUUCGUGACUUAGCUGAAUCGGCUGAAAUUAUCUUCGCUCCUUACAACUAUCUAAUUGAUCCUACGAUUAGGAAAGCUAUGAGUAUCUCAGUAGAAGAUAGUGUUAUUAUUAUUGAUGAGGGUCAUAACAUCGAAGACAUCUGUAAGGAGUCAGUAUCAAUGAAUAUUAAAUCAUCAGAAAUUGCUGACAGUUUAGUUGCAUGUGAAAAAUUAAUUGAAACUUACGCCAAUUUUAAGUCGGUAAAAAAGAGAAAUAAGGAUAAAAAUUUUGAUCAGGUUGAAUACCUUCGGAUGUUGGAAGCUAUAAAAGAUUUUUUGAUAGCUCUUCAGAGCAUUAUUAAAAGUCUUACAUCGGAUCAGCCUGUUAAAGGGUCUCAACUGAUAUCUUCACUGAAUGAACAUAAUUUAACCCAUGAAAAGCUUACCUCUUUUGAAACUGUUAUAGCUGAAGCAGAAUCAUGCGAAGAAAAUAUACCUCUUCCACCUGGCUGCUAUUCUGUUUUAAGUAAAGCUGCUACUGUUCUAAAUAUUUUUCAUAGUGUUACCAUGGAGGAUAAAGAAGUUGCAGACAAUUUCAGAUUAUUAAUUACUUCAAUGGAGAUUUCAAAUACUGGUCCAGGCCGACGAAGAGAGCGCAUGAAGCGUGUAGAUGUACUAAAUCUAUUAUGUUUAUCUCCAUCUGUGGCCUUUCAAGAUAUUGCUAAACCAGCCAGAGCUAUUAUACUGACAAGUGGAACCUUAACUCCCAUGCAAUCUUUUCAAAGUGAAUUAGGCAGCGAUUUUCCAGUUACCUUUGAAGGAAAUCAUGUUAUAUCACCAAAUCAAGCAUGGGUUGGUAAUAUUUGCCACGGAGAGCAUGUUCUUCUCAAAGGCGUCUAUUCUUCAAUUCGAACAGAAGGCUAUAUGAUGGACGUUGGAAGUAUAAUUUUAAAGAUGUGCCAAGAAGUGCCCUAUGGAAUUUUGGUAUUUUUUCCUAGUUAUUCCAGUCUUCGAAAUAUGAAGAACCUUUGGGAGGAGAGAGGGUUGUUACAAGAAAUGGCCAAUUUUAAACUUGUUGAAAUGGAAGCCUCAGAAAGGGGAGAAUUUGAGGAAAGCAUACAAAAUUAUUAUGACGCAAUAGAUGAAGCAAAACUAUCCGCUAAAGGAAGCGCCUGGCCAGAAAACCAAAUAACAGGAGCAAUCUUUUUUGCUGUAGUAAGAGGCAAGGUAUCAGAAGGUAUAGAUUUCUCGGAUGAGAGAGCAAGGGCAGUUCUUACAAUAUCGAUACCUUAUCCAAACUAUCAGGAUAUAAAGGUGAAACUGAAGCAAGAGCACAAUAAUAUUUAUCAGCAAUCUAAAAAACUAAUCAGUGGUGGUGAUUGGUAUGAAUUUACUGCAUUCAGAGCGUUGAACCAAGCGCUUGGUCGAUGUAUCCGACAUAAGAACGAUUGGGGUAUUAUGUUAAUGGUUGAGAUGAGAAUUACAGAAGUUCUUCAAAGGAAAGCAAAUAGACUUCCUAGAUGGUUUCGAUCUCAGGCUCAAACACAUGAUAGAUUCCCGGAGGCUCUGGACUCGAUUCAGCAUUUUGUGGCCGAAAGAAUGGGUCCAAAGAAGUCAGCAGCACAGGUUAACGAAUCAUCUGAGAUUAAAUUCUCCGAAGCAGGCGGGUUCAUAGCUGAUUGAUCAAAUAUUUCAAAUAUCAAACUGAUAAGUGAUACACAUUUGCGUUAUUUUUUAUGAUUCAGUUACCAUUAUAGAUGGAAAUAAAUUCACAAAUCUAAAAAUUAUUGCAAAA